AUGAUUCUUUAUCACGAGCAUCUUAGAGGAACCCUCAAUAUUCUGAUACUGCUAACAAACAUCGUGACCGCUAACAACCGCUGGCAAAAGGAUUACAAACUAUUGAAAAGCUAUUUGUGCAAGCUUCUUCUGGAUUUGUGCCUAACGGUAGCCAUCAUAAGUACUUACUUUCUUUUCCAAACGGAGACUUAUCCCCAUGUGGCAUUACUUAACUUUACCUCUAUGUGGUCCUUGGUGGCCUAUUCAAACGGCGUUUUGGCCGUGUGUUACUUCGUGGCUCAUCUGUAUCGUUUGAUAAAUCUGCAGGUGAACGAAUGUAUGGACAAGUUAAGUGUUUUUGAAAAGGAUCAACUCUAUUGGACGACACAUCCCCUGAAGAAAAAGCAAAUCUGCUGCAUGGUGGCGGCCGAGCUGAAUAAAUUGGCGUACCUUCAUCAGGAUGUAGCGACGAUCAUGAGAACGAUCGUCAAAACGCUGGACUGUUCAUUGCUGAUAGCAAUUUUGUACACGUUUCUUGUAACAACCGGCGGAAUCUUCUAUACGUACACGUCGCUGAUGUUGGACAUCCGGAGUAACCGUGAUCUUCCAAAAUGGAAAUACUGCUACUCGUUACUUUUGGCGUCCUUUCAAGCGUUGCAGUUCUACUACCUCGUGUCCGGAUCGACGCUGCUUACGAGACGAGCCCAAAAGACCGGAAUAGUGGUGAAUCGGUUUUUCAAGGCGGAUAUUGAUGAACAGGUUGAGCGAACUAUUAAUAUGUUCUCAAUGGGGUUGCUUCAUCAUUCCUACAGUAUCGAGAGCUUUGGAAUGUUCAAGGUGGACUUCACCUUGAUGUAUUCGGUAGGUAAUUGA